AUGAAGUUUUCUUCUCUUUCUAUACUAGAGAGCCUCAAAGAAAGACUUGCAGAAAAAGGAUUUGAUGAGAUGACCCCUGUGCAGGAAAGCGUGGUGCCCCUUCUUCUUCGACAAAGAGACGUGGUGGCCGAGGCUGUCACAGGAUCGGGGAAAACCUUUGCGUUUCUUGUUCCGCUUCUCCAGAGGGUGCUGGGAAGGCCGCGCGGAAAAAAAGCCGUUGGCCCCCGCGCGCUGGUGGUGGCCCCCACCCGAGAGCUGGCCCAGCAGAUUCACCAGGCCGCGCUCUCGAUCACCGAGGGGCUUGAAAUGCACAUGCAGUGCAUUACAGGAGGCGCGCAGCUGGACGAAAUUAUAGCAAAGCGUCUUCGGGACGGAAACAGCGCGCUUUUGUGGCCAGACGUUGUGGUAGGGUCUCCCGGGAAGGCUUUGGAGCUGUGCAGGGAGGGCGGAAUGCCGCUGCGGGAUGUGGAGAUGUUCGUGCUGGACGAGGCAGAUAAAAUGCUUUCCUUUGGGUUCCGCAAAGAGGUGUCUGAAAUGCUGCGCCUGCUCCCGCGGACAAAGCAAACCGCUGUUUUUUCGGCAACGGUCUCCGAAAGCGUGCACACGCUUGGGCGGCUGGGCAUGCGAAGCCCCCUUUUUGUGUGUGUGAAAAACGCACUGCGGGUGCCUGACGGGCUGCGCCUGUUCUCACUGUGCGUUCCGCCUGCCGAGAAAACAGAGGCGCUCCUCCGGGCCAUUCGGUCUCUAGGAAAGAAGAUAAUUGUAUUCUUUGCAACGUGCGCACAGGUGGACUACUUUCAUUCGCGGCUGGUGCAGACUAUUGGCGCAGGCGGCGUGCACACGUGCGUUUUGCGGCUGCACAGAAAGCUCCCGCAAACUGCGCGCGAGGAAGCGUAUGCCGAGUAUGCAGAAACGGAGUCUGGCGUUUUGCUGUGCACAGACAUAUCUGCAAGGGGCCUAGACUUCCCUGGGGUUUCUGCCGUGGUCCACUUUGACCUGCCCCAGGACCCUGUGACGUUUGUGCACAGAAGCGGGCGAACAGCCCGGGGAGGAAACGAGGGCAUGUGCCUUUUCUUUUGGAUGCCAAACGAGAAGGACUACGUCGGCUUUAUGCAGGCGCGCGGCGUGCCCAUACAAACGCUCCCCGAAAAUCUGCUUGCCGAGCUGUCCCCAGCCCGCGUAGAGCCGGUCCGGGCCGCCUUUGGGGAGGCGCGGAAAGCAGCCUCCUCGGACCCGCAGCUGCAGCUUCCAGAGGACGUGGAGAACGAGCAGGAUGUGGUGGCGUUUGUUUCGUACAUUCGCUCGUACAAAGAGCAUUUGCUCAAGCACGUGCUAAACUACAAGGAGCUGGACUUUUCUGGGCUGACAGACCUGUACUGUCUGAAAAGGCUGCCACAUGUGCCUGAAAUGCGGGGUGUGUACAUUCCGCGCUUCCCAAGCCUGCCAAAGAAAAAAGACGGCGUUCCAUAUGAGGAAAUGCCUGCAGAGGGGGCGGAUGUCCAGAAAAAGGCGCCUCGCAUGCGCGCAAAGAAGGUUGGGACGGCCAACGCUGCGCACAAAAGAGUCCGAAGAUAG